AUGAUGAUGGAUAUGUAUGAGAGUCCAGAUGCUGUGAGAACAACAGACACUGGCACGCAGAGAGACUACACCUCCACUAGAAGAAACCCAGCAACUCAGCACACAGAGAGAAACCAGUUACAAACCAGAUACGAUAAUGUAAGCAUAGAGAGAGACCAGUUACAAACCAGAUACAAUAACCUGGGCAUAGAGAGAGACCAGUUACAAACCAGAUACAAUAACCUGGGCAUAGAGAGAAACCAAUUACAAAGUAUUUUCAACAAUCUAACCAGAGAGAAAGACCAGUUACAAAUCAGUUAUAGCAAUUUAACUGAUGAGAAAGAAGAGAUACAAACCAGCUUCAACAAACUAACUAGAGAGAGAGACCAGUUACAAAUCAGUUAUAACAGCCUGACUGCAGAGCGAGACCAGUUACUGAAAAAGAGACAAGAGUGUCAAAAAGGUUGGAGAUAUUUCAGUCACAGUGUGUAUUACAUCUCUACUGAAAAGAAGAGCUGGAGUGAGAGCAGACAGGACUGUAUAAAGAGAGGAGCAGACCUGGUGAUCAUAAACAGCAAAGAGGAACAGAAGUUUGUCGCUGAAUUGAGAAAGACCAGCUAUUCACACGUUUGGACUGGUCUGACUUACAGUGAGAGUGAAAGGAGAUGGAAAUGGGUGGAUGGUACAACACUGAGCACUGGGUACUGGUAUGGAGGACAGCCCAAUCUUCCCAUGGCUAUCAAACGCAUACCUCAGAAGACUCAACUGAAAGAUGACAGCUGUGGCAAGACCUGUAGAGACGUGAAGAGACUGCAGUAUUAA